AUGACAGUGUCGAAACAUAUCCUAGUGGUAGGUGCUACAGGCAAACAAGGUCGCGCUCUCAUCGAGGCUCUUCAACCCCCCGCGGACUUGGAUGAUAUACCCUUUCGAGUGCUGGCUCUCACUAGGUCAGCUUCCAGUGCAAGCGCACAGCGCUUGGUCCAGGAAAGACACGUACGAGUAGUGGAGGGAGACCUCGACUCGCCAGAGUCCAUACAGAAAGUUUACGAAGAUGCAAAAAGUUCAGGUGGCAUAUGGGGUGUCUUCUGCGUUCUGGCACCCCCUGGGCUUGGUGCGAAUCCAGACGGGGAGGAGCGACAGGGAAAGUCCAUGGCGGAUCUAGCUCUCGAAUAUGGGGUGUCAGUAUACAUUUAUUCAACCGCCGAACGUGGUGGUGAGCAGAUUGAUGAGAAGCAGCUGUCGGGUCGUGCCAAAGUACUUGCAGAGCGGCAUGUCCAGGCCCUCGGUGAGAAAGGUCUCCCAUGGACAAUAAUGCGCCCAGGAUUCUUCCUAGAUAAUUACACCGACUUCAUUGUCACCGUCGCUGUAAUGACUCGCGGGCUCAAAAAGGACUCGAAACUCGGGGUGGUUGACCCGAAAGAUAUCGGUCAUGUUGCUGCCGGUGUGUUCAAGAAUCCUGAGAAAUACAAACAUCAGAUACUUGUGGUUGUCGAAGAUGUACUCACCAUGUCAGAGCAACAUGCAUCCUACAAACGCGCAACUGGUCGAGCCCUUCCCUCCGUUCCCGGAUUUUUAGCUACUAUGCUGUUAGCGUGGAACAAGGCGGCACAAGAGUUAGUUCGGCAUUUCGAAAGCAUUCACAAUGCACGAAUCACUGGGCAAUACGAGCAUUUUGAAUCUCAACUAAACCUAGGCCGCAAAGCUUAUCCUCAAAUGAAGACAGUUUACGAUUGGGCUGUCGAGCAGCAGAAGAACAAAGGACAACAAGAAAAUGCAGCAGAUUGGAACAAGGUAUCGUUAUGGCGGCUUAUGCUAGGAAAAUCGUAA